AUGAAUGUGAAGAAAAAAUCUCAAAAUAAUGUGUUUAUUGGUAUUGAAGACUUAUCAAGUGAUGAUGAAGAAAUAGAUGACACAGACAAGGACAAAGAUUGUACACCUACCUUAUUAGAAUGCAAUGAAUCACUUGAAGACUUCCCCCUUGAUUUGGACCUUUUUCUCAACGAUGAAAAUAUUUUAAAUGACGAUGAUAUUACAGACAAUCCACCUAAUAUAUCAGAUUUUAAUUUUGAAAAAGCAGGAUGUUCUCCAGAAAAAUAUAAAUUGACCCGUUUUAGAGAAGUGCAUGGUUCAGAAUUAAAAGCUUUUCUGGGGUUACUGAUAUAUAUGGGUUAUCAUGAGCUACCAGGUAUUAGGCUGUAUUGGUCAAAUGAUCCAAAUUUUUAUUGUGAUCGAGUUGCAAAAGUAAUGCCAGUUAAACGAUUUUUAAAACUACUUCGCUGUAUUCAUCUUAAUGACAAUUCAAAAAUGCCACAAAGACAGUCUCAAGAGUUUGACAAGCUUUUUAAAAUUCGUCCCAUGCUAUCUCAUUUACAAGAAAAAUAUAAAACUAUGUACAAGCCUUCAAGACACCUUGCUGUGGAUGAAAGUAUGGUUGCUUUUAAAGGUCGUUCAUCAAUGAAGCAAUUUAUGCCAUUAAAACCAAUAAAACGAGGCUUUAAAGUUUGGGCUUUGGCUGAUUCUCAGAGUGGAUUUUUGUUAAACUUUGACGUUAUACCACUCAUAUCUAAACUUUUAAAUGAUGGUUUAUUUGCUUGUGGCACUUUUAGAGUGAAUAAAAAAUUUUACCCUAAACAUUUAAUGAAAAGUGAUAACAAAUAUAUGCCUGGUGACAUAGAGUAUGCACAAUCAAAAGACAUCAGUGUGAUGAGAUGGAAAGACAGGGGAGCAAAACCAGUUACAUUAAUUAGUAAUAUGCAUAAUGCAUCAGAGUCUACUAUAGUCAACAGAAAAAAUAAAAAAGGAGAGAAAAUUGCAGUGAAAUGUCCUGUAGGUAUAACUGAUUACAACAAGCAUAUGGGUGGUGUGGACAAAUUUGACCAAUAUAUGGCUAAUUAUUCAAUAUCCCAAAAGUCUCGUCGUUGGUGGUUGAAGUUAUUUUAUUACAUGAUUGAUACUGCUGUU